CUACACACUCUAUUGCCCCAGUACUGCUGUUCUUACUCCAAGCUUAUCAACAGCAGGGGCAAUGGAAACACUCCCCUACUACUUGACCUCCAUCACAAUUGCCAUCCUACUCACACUCAUCAUCAACCUCUUCUUCUCUGCAAUAAACAAUAGAAGCAAUAUUGAAAGCAAGAAGCUUCCGCCGAGCCCGCCGUCGCUGCCGAUCGUCGGCCACCUGCACCUGCUGAAGCGCCCGCUCCACCGCGGCCUCGCGGCGAUCACCGACCACCACGGCCCCGUCCUCCUCCUCCGCCUCGGCUCCCGCCCGGUGCUCGUGGUCGCGUCGCGCGGCGCGGCGGAGCAGUGCUUCAGCGCCGCGAACGACGUGGCCUUCGCGAACCGGCCACUGCUCCCGUCGAUGAAGUACCUCACCCACGACUACACCACGCUGGCGUUCGCCAACUACGGGCCCCUGUGGCGCAACCUGCGCCGCAUCGCCACCGCCGAGGUGCUCUCGACGCACCGCCUCACCGCGUGCGCCGCGUUCCGCACCGAGGAGGUGCGGGGAAUUGCCCGGAGGAUCUUCUCCGAUUGGAACGCGAACAAGAAUGACGAGUCGUCGUCGUUCACCAAGGUGGAGAUGAAGUCGAGGUUGUUCGAUCUAGCACUGAAUGUGAUGAUGAGGAUGAUAGCAGGGCGAAAGUACACCUUCUCACAAGGCGAGGGAGUCGGAGGGUCGGAGGCCGCGAAGCGAUUCAGGGAGAUGGUGGAAGAGACCUUCUUGUUGGCCGAUUCGGCUUCAAACUUAGGAGACUUUCUACCCAUGCUAAGGUGGUUUGAUAUCGGAGCACACUACACACUCUAUUGCCCCAGUACUGCUGUUCUUACUCCAAGCUUAUCAACAGCAGGGGCAAUGGAAACACUCCCCUACUACUUGACCUCCAUCACAAUUGCCAUCCUACUCACACUCAUCAUCAACCUCUUCUUCUCUGCAAUAAACAAUAGAAGCAAUAUUGAAAGCAAGAAGCUUCCGCCGAGCCCGCCGUCGCUGCCGAUCGUCGGCCACCUGCACCUGCUGAAGCGCCCGCUCCACCGCGGCCUCGCGGCGAUCACCGACCACCACGGCCCCGUCCUCCUCCUCCGCCUCGGCUCCCGCCCGGUGCUCGUGGUCGCGUCGCGCGGCGCGGCGGAGCAGUGCUUCAGCGCCGCGAACGACGUGGCCUUCGCGAACCGGCCGCGGCUCCCGUCGAUGAAGUACCUCACCCACGACUACACCACGCUGGCGUUCGCCAACUACGGGCCCCUGUGGCGCAACCUGCGCCGCAUCGCCACCGCCGAGGUGCUCUCGACGCACCGCCUCACCGCGUGCGCCGCGUUCCGCACCGAGGAGGUGCGGGGAAUUGCCCGGAGGAUCUUCUCCGAUUGGAACGCGAACAAGAAUGACGAGUCGUCGUCGUUCACCAAGGUGGAGAUGAAGUCGAGGUUGUUCGAUCUAGCACUGAAUGUGAUGAUGAGGAUGAUAGCAGGGCGAAAGUACACCUUCUCACAAGGCGAGGGAGUCGGAGGGUCGGAGGCCGCGAAGCGAUUCAGGGAGAUGGUGGAAGAGACCUUCUUGUUGGCCGAUUCGGCUUCAAACUUAGGAGACUUUCUACCCAUGCUAAGGUGGUUUGAUAUCGGAGGGGCCGAGAAAAGGAUGAGGAAAUUGCUGAAGGAGAGAGAAGAGCUGAGCCAGAAGAUUGUCGACGAGAAGAGGAGAGAAAGCGAGGAGGAGAUCAAGAAGGAGCAGACUAUGAUCGGAGAUCUGCUUGAGUCGCAGAAGCAAGAUCCUGAUUUCUAUACCGAUGAAACCAUCAAAGCACUUGCCUUUAGCUUGUUAUCAGCGGGAACGGAUACGACGUCGAACACCAUCGAGUGGGCCAUGUCGCUCCUCCUCAACAAUCCUGAAGUCCUGAGAAAAGCGGCGACGGAGAUCGACGUUCGUGUGGGCACCGAUCGCUUAGUGGAGGAGUCGGACAUCGCGAACCUCCCCUAUCUCCGCUGCGUCUUCACCGAGACUCUCCGCCUCUACCCCGGAGGGCCCCUCCUCGUCCCCCACGAAUCUGCGACGGAGCUAACCAUCGCAAACUACACCGUGCCGCAAGGCACCAUGCUACUGGUCAAUGCCUACGCCAUCCACAGAGACCCCGCUGUAUGGCGCGAGCCUACGAAGUUUAAGCCGGAGAGGUUUGAAGCUGGGAGAGAAGAGAAGGGGUGGAUGAUUCCGUUCGGGAUGGGGCGGCGACGGUGCCCCGGGGAGGGCCUCGCCACGCGGGAGGCGUCGCUGUUGCUCGCGACGAUGAUACAGUGUUUCGAGUGGAAGAGAGUUGGGGAGGAGGAGGUGGACAUGACUGAAGGAAUGGGGCUGACUCUGCCCAAGGCAUUGCCUCUGGAAGCACUGGUUCGGCCGCGCCCGAACAUGAUCGAUUUACUUUCCAAGCUCUAAAUGCAUAUCAUGAGUUGCAUUUCACAAACGCAGGAAUAAAAGAAACUAUAUAUGAAAGCUAGUACAGCAGCACCAGACCACUGGCUUGUAUGCGUACGUUAAGGGGUGAUGAACUACUAUAGUACAUCUCUGGUAAUAGUAUGAUCGUUUAUGUAGUUUCCUAUGUAAACCUUUCAAAGUAUCUGCCUUUAUUCAAGUUCGUUUUUCCUU